ACGGUUGCCGAAGACGACGAAGCGUUUCUAAACUGCAUACCGAAGGUGCCUGAAUCGAGCGUGGCGUGGUUCAAAGACGGGAUGAUAAUAAAUGGCACCGAGCCCCUGCCCGAUUUGUACGUGGUUCCACCGAUCACUCUGUGGAUACGUCGGAUGCACUCAAACCUGACCGGCAGCUACACCUGUCGCGUCAUCGCGAAUCACCUGAAGGCCGAGUCUACGAGCGUAGUCGUCAUGCAGGGAACGAAGGCGAGCGACAACUGUGGCGUCCAAUUCCGCAAGAGCCCCAAAGACCGGGAGCUUCCACAGGGUGAGACGAUGGUAAUGCAGUGCGCCGCCCAGGUGUCGCUGCAGCCAACGUCGGUCGUCACGAUAGCAUGGCUACGCAAUGGCCUGCCAUUUCCGACCAGCAGCCGGUACCGGGAUCAGAGCAACGGGCUGGCUUACGUCAACGAUGCCACGCCCAAGGACACCGCCGUCUACACUUGCGUAGCCACUGACCGCCACAGCAGGUGCAGCAUCAAGAGAUCCGCUCUGUACCGGGUUCUCCCCAGGAUCAGUGUCGAUGAAAUUUGUGGUAAUCCUGUUGUCAGCCGCGCCAACACAACGAGGCCACCCACGCAGCAGGGCAAGAUUGUGGGCGGAGAAGACACGGUGAAGGGUGCCCAUCCGUGGCAGGUGAUGCUCUGGUCCCCGUCUUUGGAGAGGGCUUUCUGCGGAGGCACGCUGCUGAACGACCUGUGGGUCCUGUCGGCGGCGCACUGCUUCCAGCACGAGCUGGUCCAGCUGGAAGAAGUCCAAGUACGUCUGGGCAAGCACGACCGACUCGAAGCCGAACCCGAGGAGGUCACCACCAAGAUCACUGACAUCUACUUUCACCCGAAGUUCAACGCAAGCACGUACGACAACGACAUUGCGCUGCUGCUUCUCGCCGACCGGGUGAAGUUCACGGACUACAUCCAGCCGGCGUGCCUGGGCGACCGCGCGGCCAUUGAGCGCAACGAGUUCAACUCGACCGACGGUGUGCGCAAGGGCAAGGUCACCGGAUGGGGUCAGCUCGCCGAGAACGGCCACACGCUGCCGCGAUACUUGCAGGAGAUCGAGCUGCCCAUCGUGAACCAAGAUGUCUGCAGAAACGCGACGAAGUACAAGGUCACAGACAAUAUGUUCUGCGCGGGAUACGCGCAGGAGAUCGUGGGCGAUGCCUGCCAGGGAGACAGUGGAAGUCCCUUCGUGGUGUGGCGCAAGAAUCGCUGGUACGUCGUCGGCAUUGUCAGCUGGGGCGUGGGAUGCGGUCGCAAGGGCAACUACGGAUACUACACCAAGGUCACCAACUAUCACGACUGGAUCAGAGAGAAAAUCAUGUACUAGCUGGCAGACCUUCAUAGUCCGUCCUGCGCUCUGAGAAGCGGCCGAACGCAUCUUCUGGAUCAUGAAGUAACGGUUACGCAGACAAGUUCGAGUAAUGGCUUCCUAAGUGAUGCAAAUAAACCGGUGUUCUAUUUGUGUUUGUAAUAU